CGGAGGAGGCGGCGGCGGCCGCCGGGCGCUGCAGUGGGACGCGCGCGGCUGCGAGCCUGCGGGACAUGCCCCCCGCGCCGGCUCCUUGCUGGCGGCCAUGAAGAGGCAGAACGUGCGGACUCUGUCCCUCAUCGUCUGCACCUUCACCUACCUGCUGGUGGGCGCCGCCGUCUUCGACGCCCUCGAGUCGGACCACGAGAUGCGCGAGGAGGAGAAACUCAAAGCCGAGGAGAUCCGGAUCAAGGGGAAGUACAACAUCAGCGCCGAGGACUACCGGCAGCUGGAGCUGGUGAUCCUGCAGUCGGAGCCGCACCGCGCCGGCGUCCAGUGGAAAUUCGCCGGCUCCUUCUACUUUGCCAUCACGGUCAUCACCACUAUAGGUUACGGGCACGCAGCCCCCGGCACCGACGCGGGCAAGGCCUUCUGCAUGUUCUACGCGGUGCUGGGCAUCCCGCUGACGCUGGUCAUGUUCCAGAGCCUGGGCGAGCGGAUGAACACCUUUGUGCGCUACCUGCUGAAGCGCAUCAAGCGGUGCUGCGGCAUGCGCAGCACGGAGGUGUCCAUGGAGAACAUGGUGACCGUGGGCUUCUUCUCCUGCAUGGGGACGCUGUGCAUCGGGGCGGCCGCCUUCUCCCAGUGCGAGGAGUGGAGCUUCUUCCACGCCUACUACUACUGCUUCAUCACGCUGACUACCAUCGGGUUCGGGGACUACGUGGCCCUGCAGACCAAGGGCGCCCUGCAGAAGAAGCCGCUCUACGUGGCCUUUAGCUUUAUGUACAUCCUGGUGGGGCUGACGGUCAUCGGGGCCUUCCUCAACCUGGUGGUCCUCAGGUUCUUGACCAUGAACAGCGAGGACGAGCGGCGGGACGCCGAGGAGAGGGCGUCGCUGGCCGGGACGCGCAACAGCAUGGUCAUCCACAUCCCCGAGGACGCGCGGCCCGGCCGGCCCCGCUGCAAGGCCGACGCGCCGGACCUGCCGUCCGUGUGCUCCUGCACCUGCUACCGGCCGCAGGACCACGGCGGCCGCGCGGCCGCGCAGCACAACUCCUUCAGCGCCAAGCUCGCGCCCCACUACUUCCACUCCAUCUCCUACAAGAUCGAGGAGAUCUCGCCAAGCACACUGAGAAACAGCCUCUUCCCCUCCCCCAUCAGCUCCAUCUCCCCCGGGUUACAUAGCUUUACCGACAACCACAGGCUGAUGCGGCGGCGGAAGUCCGUUUAGGGUGCGGGGCGGGCGGCGCAGGCAGAAGCGGUCGCUCGUCCGACUUGACCUCGAGCUCCACCGGCCCACCUCGUCCGUUCCUUCGUGUUUAUUAUCAGUAUCCUUUACCGUUGUCCUCAUUCUCUGUGUUACUUUCUCUCCUUCCCUUUUCCGUGGUUCCGCCCCGCUCCCCGAGGACUCCCCCUCCCCCGCUGGCCCCACCCGCUCCCCCACCUCCCCGCGAGAGACAGAGCUGGCCCAAGGGAAGAGAAAGACCCGUCCUCCUCUGAAACUCGCGUCUGAGCAUGAAGCAUGGAUUCCUUCCUUCCUUCCCAGCGAAGUAUGCCUUACACUUCUCCGCAGCCUGCCCCAUCUCUGGGGUGGCUUUCCCAGGACAGGGGGGACACCAACACCACCAGGCAGAGCCGAGAGGAUACCCAGCCCAAAGCUGCACACCAGGCUGCCAGCCCGCGAGUGCCCACCCACGUGCCGUCCGACCUAAGUCCUCUGCGUCCUGUCCCCCAGCGGUGGGUGGUUGUGGGUGUGUGUGUGUGUGCGCGGACUACGAGUGAGUGAGGGUGUGCACACGCCGUGUGCUUCUUUCUGUGUGUGCGUGUGUGUGCGCGCUCUGUGUGACAAAACGGAAAGUUUAGGUAUGCACAGAUUUCUUUCUCCGUGACUCAGUUCUGUUACUAACCUGCUUUCAGCGGCUUCCAAACAAAACGGGGAAACCAAACCCAUGGGGUUUUUGAUUUAUCAUUCUGCCAAAUCAAGCAUGUUCCACGAGCGGUCUUUCUCCCAGACGUGUCAUGACCAUAUUUUUUAAAUGCUACGUUCUAAAUUAUAUUAAACUUCUUUUUAAGGGGACGGGCGGGAAAGAAGACGGGGCUCCUCUUCGCUUGCCAGUUCAAAAAUUUUUUAGAAGCAUGCACUUUGUUCAACUGGUGUGCAUUAUCCACGCAAGACAACAAAACUAGCAAUGAGCAGUCCAAAGCCAGUAAUAAUAUUAAUUUAUUCAAGGCAUUUCUGUCACCUGCAGCCCCAACGAUUUACCAUGCAACUGGGAGUGUCAGGGGAAACUGGAAAAUUGUUGGAGCCACAGAAUGUUCUGUUACUUCCCUCUCGUUUAUAGGAAGGCGGUGGCCAUGGUGGGGGGUUUGACAUCUACCUGUGUAAGUGAGAAUUCUGGUUUGGGAUGCUUGGGGAUGCUUGGAUGACAAUGGGUAUCAGGUGGAUGUGGCUUAUUUUCUUAAUUAAAAAAAAACUGACAGGGCAUUCCUUGUUUAAAAAAAAUAUAUAUAUAUAUGUAUUUCGAGAAAGACAGUUUCUAAUCGCAUUUGAUUUGUAAAUAAGGACGACAAGUCUGUGCUGGUCUCAGGAAGUGUUUAGAGGCAAAGGCGCGGUGUCUUGGCUUGCUGGGAACUUGCCAGUCUCAGGGGACAGUUUUCCUGAGAAGUGGAUUAAUUCCUCCCCAUCGUCCCCAAGGGAAGGCCUGUUAAUCUCCUAGGGGAGGGCUAGGCUAUAGAGUAGGGUACCCGGGGGCCUCAUCGAUGACAGGAAUCAGGAAAGAUCUGCAACUAAAUUCACAGAGGUGACUUUCACUUCCCUUGACACCGCCCCCCACUGCCAUUUCUAGAAGCCACCCGUCUUCCCAUGCCUUUUUCAUAAACUGAACAUCCAUGGCUCUUGGAUAGAAACAGGCUUUGGCUUUGGCCCAGAAGGAGCAGUGGGAGCCCCCAUGGGUAUCUCCCAGAAUGGAGGGUCUGCUCCCUAGAAAGGGACUGUCAAGAUUUCUGAAAGAAAAAGGCACCAGUGCCACAGGCCAUGAGCGUUUGGGCCAUUGGACUGAAACGCAGCCGUCCAGACUCCUCCAAAGUGGAGGGCCCUGUAAGGUGUGUGGGCCCCGGGCCUGUGGAAGUGGGGGGCGGGGGGAGUCUGCGAACCGCCAUUCUCAACCUUCAAGGUUGUCUUGAGUCACUCAUUUUUAAGUAUAUAUAUUUUUCAUUUUAAGGCUCUAAAAUAUGUCCAGAGAAGGACAUUUUUUCCCCCUUGGAAGAAAUUUUUCUUUUCUUUCUUCCUUUCUUUUUUUUUUUUUUGCGGGGUUGUCGUAAGUACGAAAGCAGUGGAUCUUUGCAGAAUGUCUCAUGCUUUGGAGGAGAGUGCUGGGAAGCCAUGUGGGGUUGCUCGGGAAAACCUUUGAAAGGUUUGUCCUCAAAUGGGGUGUAUGAUCACCUUUGAUUUGUAAGGGCAAGUGAGGUACAAGAGGCUGAGAGAUUUGCUCAGAGCCGGUCCUGGUCUAAGCCGCCCCCCGAUGCAGGCACCUCCUUCUCUCUGUCCACGGGCAGAAGCCCCAGGCCUCUGGGGUCAGCCCUUCAUUCAGAGCCGAUUCCUUGACAAAAAUAUCUGUUUAAAGUGGUCUUGUCCCGUUUAAAUGCUUCCGGUGGCAGGGAGAUCCUCCUUUCCUAGGGAAAUGGAGAAAACAUUCCAUAUUCUGUAUUUCCACAGACCAGACUGAUCUGUGUAGCUUUAAGGGACGCAGGAUGAAGUUUCUUCUGUUCAGUGAUGACCAUCAACUUAAGCAUUGGAAGCAAGGUGGACUCGGUCUGGCCUCCACCCUUCUCUGAAGUUAAAUAUCCUUGUUCAUGCUUGGAGUACUCAGGGCACAGUGGGACAGCUUGGUUUGCUUCCUUUUCGAUGUGCAUCUUUUUCUCAGAUGGCCUGGGGUGGGCUCUGGCUGAGGGGCCCUCCAUGUACACCAGUGAGAUGCUUUUGUGGGGGACUGAGUCAGGGGCCUCCAGGGACCUUCCCUCCUGAAAAAAAUGGGACUGGAGCAUCUCCAUCCGGAGAGCUUGGCCGUCUGAGACGGCCCAGUCAGCAGGAGGAUCUUCAAAAGCCAACAGGUUGCUUGGUCUGGGGCACCUCACCGAGCUCCCUCAUCUUCAGAGGAGGAAACUGAGGACCCGGAAUGGGGAACCAGCAGCUCAGAUCAGCUGGCCAGCCCCUUGGUCUCCCCGGGCAUCUCUCCUCUUGCUGUCUUCGCGGCUGCUGGGUCACUGCUGUUGCUUAUACCUCAAAGGUCCCUCUGUGCCUCGGGCCGCGCCUGUUCCUCCCUCCCGCCACAGGUGACUUUCCUAAGUCUGGCUUCUCGGCCCAUCCUUCCAGGCGGCAGUGCCCGCUCAGCCAGGGGGAGAAGACACACGAGGCUGUUUGGAGACAGGUUUCCGCUUCCUCCAGGACGAGCGGAGGCAGGGCCACGUUCCCCCAGAAUCGCAGAGCGCUGGCUGGCCGCCCAGUUCUAGAGGUUGGGUCUAGGAAAUGUGCUUCUUGGGUCCUUAAAGAGCUUCGGACUUGCUUGAAUGCCUUUCCAGCGGAGCGGUCUCAGUCUGUGCACUCCACCAAAGACAGGAGGAAGGCGGGUCGUGCGCGGCACAGGUCUGGGCUCCUCCGGAGACCUCCCUGCUCUGCUCUUGACCACACCCACGCCGGGUGGAAGAGGCUGUCGUACGGCGAGACGGUUAGACUCUUACUUACCUAGGUGAACCCGUGGUCCAGGUUUUGAGAUGUCUGCUUAGCGUCAGACCUGGGAUCAGGUCUCUUCUUCCAGCCACAACGCUCUGGUCUUGAAACCCAGGCAGCAGACCCUUAAGCACGACGGGCUGCCUGGGGCUCCCUGAGCACCCUCAUGCCUCUGCUGUACGUCACUGACCCGCCCUCGGGCACGAUCUCAGCAGGUCAUUUGCGGUCCAGAAAUCCAGAGAGGAAGAACCUGGGCCCACCCUGUUGCCCGAGAGGCCCGCCUUUGCAGGGGCUCCAGCCCCGUCUCUAAGAAGGAGAGAGUGACUGCAGGAUUUGGCAUAGCGCUUCUUCCCUGCACAGGGGGCCUUAAGUGGGGAAACGUCUGGACAGUAACUCAGAGGCCUGCAGAGAAAUCUAGGAGGUCACGUUUCUCUGCCCCACCUCGAUCUGAAAGCCUCGUGGAUUUCUGAUUCCCGGCAGGGAUCGGCAGCAGCUGGAAGCUGGACGGAACGGGGUAGAGGCAUGCGUGGUCUCUGCGUGGGGCCGGAGAGGGAGGUCGGAGAGCAAAGACAAUCAGAGGAGAGAGCCACCUGUCACUGAGGUCUGUGGCCCUGUCUCUUUCUGUGGUUUCUAAAAACAAUCGGGCCUAAUUAGCUUCCACGGAGGUUUAAGGCCUGAGGCCUGUGCCGGAAUGUGUCCCUUCUGGUUGUGUGAUAAGAUGACAUUCCCUCAAGAGCUCUUGUGCGUGUGGGUUCGCUCCUGAAAGGGGAGGGGGUCAGACUGGGGGCCUGUCCUGUGCGGACCUGCUGCUGGGGCUCCAACGUCGGUUUCUUCCAGCGUCAUGGCUUGUCUGGAACCCUGGAUACAUCCCGGGUGAGGAAGGGGUGCUGGGGCAGAGCCCACGCUUCCUGCUUCACUGGCCCCCAGAAGCCAUGUCACCUCCCCGGGCCUCUGUUGCUGUCUGGCAACACAAUGGGAUGGGGCUGGUGGGUCCUGAACCCGGACCACCUCCCACAGAAUGAGUCUGACCCAUGAAGACAUUUGGCCUGGAGGUUCUGGUCAGUGGGCACAUUGGAAGUUUGGGACACCAAAAAGAAUACGAGAGACCGUGUUGUUCGACAGGGUGCUGGGGAGACGGUGCCACCGCUUGUCCCCUCUCUGAGAACAGAAUGCCCUCACACGAGCCAGGCCCCAUGAAUUCCAGGCCCCCUAAACCCUGGGCGUAAGGCUGUUUGAUGUGGCUCUUUCUUGACCACACCUUGGUAGACGGUGAUGUUUUGGGGGAAAAUCUAUUUCCAUGUGAUUCUCCCACUGACUUUGUUUGGAAAAUUCCAGAUCAAAGAAGAGUUGAAAGAAGAGUGUGCGCGGCCGCGGUAUGCACAUCGCCCAGACCCGCCAGCCUGCAGUGUCUUAGGACCGUCGCUCGACCCUCUUCUACCCCAACCCCGACAUAUGUGGAAAAGGAAGUGGGGUCUGCAAUGUUUAGGUGGCUCACCCCCCCCCCAAAAAGAUGUGAGAAUAAGAGUGUUUUCCUGGAGACAGUGCCCCUAGUAUCCUAGGAUACUUAGCCUUUGUGCAAUAUUAUUAUCUAAAAUACAGCCCACAUUCACAUUUUCCCAGCUGUCCCCAAAACGUCCCCCAGAGCUUUCUCGUGAGUCCGAGAGAGAAGAUCACAUCCCACCUUGCCUGUCUGGUUGCCCCAGAUUAUCGCAAUCCAGGGCAUUUUUCCUCCUCCCCAUUUUUGUCUUCCGUGAUGUUGCCCUUCUGAGGAACUUGGGCCUGUUGUCUUGGGGGAUGCCCCAUGAUCUGCUGCUGUCUCCCGCUUUCCUUAUUUAGGAAAUUUUGGGAAGACGGUGACAUUACUGUGUCGUGUCGCCAUGAUGAAUGCCUUUGAUAUGCUCGGCUCUCUCGAGACCUCUGUGAUUACCUCUCUCAUUGGAGAUAAACAAGUCACAUUGAAUGUUGCUCUCCCCUGUUGGAGAAACCAGUGGAAGCUUCUAGAGAGGUGUCCAUGAGUCCCUGGAUGCGGGGUCUCAUUCCCAAGCCGAACACCACUCUGCUCCUUCUGACCCCUGACAUGGGUCUCUCUGCAGUGCGAACGCCAGUUAUCUUUACCCUAAACGCCUGUGGGGGAGGUCCAGCUAGAAAUAGACAGUCCAGAGAUGGGCUUCCAUUGGCUACAAAGCCGGCUGGCAGGUGUAACCCAGUGGGAUCCUUGAAAGGAUCCCUGGGCACCCAGAAGCCACUCAGGUGGGCAGUAACGAUCACUGAGCCUGUCCUAGCACAAAUGUCACAAAGCCGGACGGGCUGCUGUGGAGCUCUCGGCCAUUAAGGACUGUAAUCGGGACCUCUGUCUUGGAGAUCUUUGCACUGGCAAGCUCUGUAGCAUGGAUUUUUCAGUGCUGAUAACAUAAAGCGGUCUACCUGCUGUGGCUCAGUAACCUUUCAUUUGAUCAAGAACAUACGGCCACGCAGGUUCUCUGAGCCUUUGCCUGGGCUGUUCCUGCUACCUGGGAGGCCUCCCUGUUGUGCUCCGACACCGCGGCGAGGAGGGGCGCCUCCCACGCAUCCUUCAGAGGCCCCUGUUGCACUCAAGGAUCCCCUCCCGUGGGCGCCCUCGUUCUGUCUGCCACGCAAGAACAUCCUGGGCAGUCCAGUCUGACGGCCUUGGCCUUGAGAGCUCUCAGGGCUGAGCAGCACCCACAGAGGGGAGUAAAGGCGACCAGAUUUCCUGCCGUUUGCCUAAGUGGCUGUUCAUCCCCGUUAUCAAGGCAGAUCUUACCUUCUGUGCGGACAGUGGCUCCAUCCCUGGAAAUCGGUGCCCAGCCACAUGCUGAAGAUCCGUCACCUGCGCUUGGCCAUUCAGUGGCACCUGCCGGCCCGAGUGGCAGGGGCUGCCAGCUGCCUGCGGCUGGCCAUUUCCCAGGAGCGGGUGGUCGGUACACCUUCAGUCUCUAGAAGCAUGCUUGGGACAUCUCACCUUACAGCAGGGAUGGAGCCCUGCCCUGUUACACCAAUGUCAGGAGCCGGGUCAGUGCCCUGGGAGAACCGCUAGUAGAGAGUGAGCAGCGGGGGACGCACGCACUGAGUGACAGGGACCUCGGGCCUUGGCCGUGCAUCUGCCUGGCGUGGCCCUGGGACCCUGGGGCAGAGGCCAGGGCAGACCCUUUCUGCCUCAGGGAGCAGCCUCGGGGCGGAAGCUGCUCAGGUCCAGCACUCACAGGCGGUGGUACUUUGCCCGUCUGAGCCUCAGUUUCCCUAGCUUUGGAGUGGAGAUGAGACAUAAACGACACGGAGCAGCUGUGGGAGCUCCAGGAGUGACCUUGACUGGGCCCCUGGUCUGUGCCAAGCGCCAUGCGGGGAUUCUCUCGCAGGCCAGCUCCUGGGCUCCUACGGGUCGCUCCUGGCGUUGGACCUGAAAUGAAAAUGGAAAGGCAGUGACGGAGCCCGGCCGGGUAGCUCAGGUCGGGCUUUGCGGAGGAAGGAGCUUCUGGAAAUCUCUGAGCGGAACCUUGAAGAAGCAAGUCGGGGCUGGUUUAGGCAGAGGCAGAGCCUGGGCCAAGGCUCCGAGUGUGGACAUGCUGGGAGCACAGAUGACAGCCAGUGCUCUGUGGAAGCCUGCCACAGAGCCACAGCGGACAGGCAGGAGGCAGCCUCACUGCCCAGGCCCUUUGGAGCUGGUCACAUCCUAAGUCGUUCAAGCCUUUCUCAUGCUCAGGAAACUUCCCUGGCUCCCCGGUGCCCACAGAGUUUUAUGUCAAGGCCCUUUCCUCUCGCAUCUGGUGUCCACGAGGGACCUGUCCCUGCUCAUGUCUCUGCUUGGGCAUCCUCUUGUGACAGAUGCCCUGCUGUUUAGGUGGAGUUGACGGCUGUGUUUUGUUUUUCUGAGUCUCGUGGGCACUUGCUGUAGUUUGCUUGGGGAACAUUUCUGGAGACCGUCUGCUUGGCCUUUCACUUAAGCCUUUGGGGGGACUCGCCAAAUGGCUCUUUGUCCGUGUUUCUCCCCUGGAGUCGGAGCCGCUUGUGGCUGUGGUGCCGAGAGCAGGGUCCUUCAAGUAGGGGUUUCAGAAGGUAGGGGUGUCUGCUGUCGUGAGCGCUGGCGGCUCAGGUCUCUUCUUCGGACCUUUCUCCCUACCGGUGUGUCUAGGGUACGCGCCGGGACGUGUGGGCAAGUGGCGUCCUGGUACGGAGCUCCCUUCCCCCGGCAGUGCAGUGUGGACUUUGGUUUGGACUUGAGCCCCCCGGGGAACGGAGGCUGAGGGGCACCGGCUGUGGGGAAGGAAGUCUGGCCUAGAGAACGUGGGCUGAGCCAGGAUUCAGACCUUGCCUUUGGGAUCUGCUGUGUGACCCAGGGCAAGUCAUGUCACUUCUCUGGGCCUGAGUUUCUUCUUUUUCUAGACUAAGGGGUUUGCUAAGGUCCUAAAUAUCACCCCCCCCCCCAAGUCUGCCUUACUCGGUUUGCCACCAGCUCCAGCCUGCGGAGGACGGGCGGGGCGGCCGUCACCGGCGUCUGGACGUCUUUACCGAGCACCCUGUGUGGCAGGGACGCUCUCCCGGUCAGGGCUGUCCCCGUCCUUGACCAGGAUGUGGAUCUGUAAUUAACCAACAGCUCCUCGCAGGUGCGUCUCCGCUGUUUCCUCGACUGUGCAAGGCUCCCUGGUGGCACAAGGUGCGUGUUCUAAUGAGAGCGAGCCCGGGCCCUGGGGACUCUGGGCUCUUGUGUCCGCAGCGCUCACCGCACUUACGAGGAGACGGGGAGGCCCCCCGGGAUCGGCCUUCCGGUCUGUCCUGAAACCCCGGUCCCGCCCUCCAUCUACCUCUGCUCUCAGCGUGCUGCAGGCUCAGCCCACCCUUACGUCACGGUUCUCUUUGCUUCCUGGGAGGCUGCAUCCCCCACCCACGGAAGCCACUGGCUCAGCACGAGGCCUCGUGGCAGGCCCCACCUGACUCAGGUCAACUGUAUUUGCUCCGCCGGGACGGAGCCACCAGGGCUCACGGCACUGACUUCGCGUCUCCCGCUGGGCAGGGGUGGAGCUACCAGACAUAGGGGACAUCGCUGGAAGGGGAAAUGGCCCCGAGUGCACACUUCUGGCUCUUCUUCCCCAGGCUCAGUGCUCAGGCUCACAGGGAGGGCUGGGUCCCCCUGCUCACCCCAAGAAAGGGACGCGGGGGACUGGCCCAGGACGAGGCAGAAGCGGGUCUGUUCCAGGUGAACGCGGAGGCUUCAUGGGAUGGGAGAAAGUUCCAGGCCCUCAGGAAGAGUAUUUGCUGACACUCCCAGUUCCUUUAGAAGCCCGGCUCUGUGCCGGUCACCAGGGACGAAAGCCUGAGCGGAGAGCUGGGCUCUGACCAAGUCUUUGAUUGUUCUUAUCAGUCAUGCAGAACCUUGGCCUCUGGUGUCUGUUCUUAGCACAGCAGCCCCAGAGGGAAGGGCCCAGGCCCGCAGCGUGAGUUCUCCGCCGCGAAGGGCGGGCUGGCGGACCCAGGCAGGAUGCAGUGUGAAUCCCGCUGUGCCUCCCAGAACAGCCGCAGGGUCUCUGGCACACAGCCCAGCCGUGGGGGAGGGCGGAACACCAGUUGAACUCCUUCCGUAGUCUGCUCUGUGUCCCCUGGGGGGAUCACCCUCUCUGGGAGGUAGACCGGAGAGUGGUUUGCAGGAGGUCCUCCCGGUGGACAUGUCCCGUCUCUCUCUGGGCCUUUGUUUCCCCAUCUGUGAAGGAAGGGUCUGGAAGGGGGGGAUUGUUCCAGAAGACCUGCGGGUGCAAACCCCAGUGUUGUAGAUGCGGCCUAGGUUCUUUCUGAAGCUUCAUGGGACACACGGACAUGGCCUUCCUGUCACCUCCCUGCCUGCUGACUGUGGGUUCCAGCACGGGAGGAAUCGGGGCGGGAGGAGGGUGAGGAAGACGUGCCCAAGGGUGAGGGAACUCUACUUAGGGAGGCUUCCGUUCUUCACGUUUUCCUGUCACUUCUGGACCCCAAUGGCAGCCCCUCCAGAGGUCCCAGAUCAGGUCCUCGGAAGCCUUGAGCCUCCAGAGAACGGGUCUUGGGUUUGUGAAAUCGAGCCAUGGGCCUCGGCCGGAGAAACUGAGCCCCAGCUUCACCUUUUCCACCUCUUCAGCUCCGGGAGUGGGGGGCGGCCUCAGGGGUCUUGGUUAGCACGUGGCUCUGGGGCCCUGCCUUCCCCUUUGGAAUCAGGCCACAUGGCCUUGGGCGAGUCACCUCCUACGCUCUUCUGUGAAGGACGAGACGGCCAGGAGAGAAGCAGGCGUCCCCCAGAGAGGUGCAGGGGGACAUGAAGGCCGUGUGUGUGGGGACCUGGGGGGGGCUCUUGGCUGAUAUUUCAGUGGCAUCAAGUUUGGAGGAAAGGCAGGGCCACGUGCUCCCAACGAGGGGUCCCUGACCUGGGCCAUCUCCCCUCUCGUGCGGACCAGCACACUUUCCAGGUGCAGCUCCGCAGACCUCCUCACCCUGCUGGAUCCUGCCUCCACCCACUCACUCCGGCCCCUCUGUUGACGGGUUCUCCCUGGCGGCCCCCCUCUCAGCUCCCAGUGGACCAGGUGCUUGGUGAUGGUCUGGGUGGGAGAUCUCCCGGGAACCCAAAGCCCACCGCCCCUCCCCCACCCACCCCUAACAAACCUUGUGGAAAGGCUUGCCGUUCCUUAACCUGAGAGGAUGGAACAGUUCCUAGGUGUGAGCUGCAGCCGUGUUGGGCCCGGGGGCUCCUUGGGGCCCCCCCAUGGGGUGCGAUCUGCUACUCUUUGCAGAGCACGUGGGGCAUCUGCUGGGAGCCAGCCCCGGCCAGGAGGCCUGUGCUGAACCGUCACGGUCUCCAGCCUCAGAAGGCUAACCUCCAACCUACCACGUGCCUCCAAGUGCCCGAGGUCCAGAAGCCGAGCCAGGGGAGCAGGUGUGGGGAUCCGAACAUGCCUCAGCGAUCACUUGAUUCUUGAGCGGAAUUUUAGGCCUAGGGUAGAAAAAAUCAAAAUCCAAUGAAAGGGGAAAUGUGAUGUUGGGAACCCAGGGAAGCAGAACCCCAGUUACCAAGAUUUCUCUAGAAUUCCGUGGCUCCUUGGAGAAUAACAGUCUCGACAAAGGCUCAUUAUGCAUUUGCUUAUGCAGCCUACACACAGCACUGUGACGGACGCUUGGGGCUGGAACGACCUCCAGAGGUCAUCUCGGUCCCCUCUCUGCUUUAUCAGAAAUCCCCGUGAAAUGCAGAUAAUGCACUGGCUUAGGGGAAACUGAGGAAGCUUGGAGGAGGAAAACUGGCUUUCCCCAACCAGAAGGGUCGAGGCCGUCUCCUGUGCCCGUGAAUGUGGAUGGGGGGGUGGGGGUGGGGAGAGCGGGGAGCCUGGUUUGCAACUAAACAGACAGGCAGAGACUUCAAGGGGGAGGAGUAGGUUUUAAACCACUGAUCUGGUUAACGAGGAGGAAGAAUUUCUAGUCUGUUCCCAGCAGGCCAGGAGAUUGCAGAUGCUCCCUCUAAGAUGUACAAUUUUUAAUGUCAGCCAACUGUGCGCCCUUGUACCUCAAAACUUUAACAAGAAGAAAAGCAUCAUUUGUGACCCCGCACACGGAAUAGUUAAGCUUGAAUUAGUUCCACACUCACGUGCAUUGAAACGAUGGGCGUAUCCCCCUGGGGGGCACUCCAUGGGGGGGGGCACGGAGAUGUGGAUCCUCGUGUGUUCAUUUGGGGUGCGUGUGUGUGUGCGCGCUGACUGGGUGUCUGGGUUAUUUGGGGGGGGCACUGCUGGACAUUUUCAUGUCUGUGUGGUAAGAGGACGUGGGUCUGGUUCCGAUGGCGCGGCUGUGGUUGGAGGCCCUCCAGAGCGCCCCCAGGGGAGGGUGUUGGAAAUCGGAUGUUUCCACCAGAAGCUUGGCCACAUUGCGGGCAGAUGGGAUGGUUGGCUCCAAGCCCCUCAGCUGGAACCUCCCUUCCUACUCUGGGGGGUGUUUGGGAUUGGACCCCAAGUCUCCCUGCGGUCCAGGCAUCGGACCUGUGCUGGGAAGCCAUACCAGAUUCGGCAAAAACCAGUGAUUCCAACCGGACCACAGUGUACCAAAUUCAAAGCAGCCUACUGUUUCCUUUUCUUGUGUUUCCCUUUUGUUGAUCUUCUCCGGCCCUCUCCGCCUGUGGGGAGGGCACCUUCACAAAUGGCCUUAGCAUGCCGUUCUGAAGUUUAACAGAAUGAGACAACCAUCAGAUGAAAUCAGAGGUAUUUAUUAUCACAGCUUACUGAAGAAUGACAAACAAACAAAACUGUAUCACCAAUGUUUACAAGUCCAAGUAGACAUCCAGCCCGUGUAAAAUAUGUAAUUUAUGCAAGGGAUUGCAUCUUUCUUUUGUAACGAAUGCACUAAGGCAACCCUGUAUAUAUUUUACAAUGUCUUUACAGAAAAAAAAAAAAAGAAUCAUUUACUGUAGUGUUGUAAAAUAAUGCACUUUUCUAAUUUUUUCAUUAAAAUCUCUAUGGCACGUU